GCUUGUUUGGGACUGUCUCCCCAUUUGCGUCGCGUGAACAGUCUAUUCAGGACGGCGACGAUGAGUCAACCAAACAGACCCAUCAAACCCUCCGUCGGCUCGACAAACUCUUCCCGACCUCAACCGGUGAAAGCAACGCAACCCUUCACGCUCCGACAGCCAAGUCCGACGAAAAAUCAAGCGACUGCCUCCACAACGUCGUCGACGAAGAAAAGUCCUCGCUCAUCGCCGUCUCUUUUCACUCCCGACCGUUUUAGUCCGCGCGGCCGUCUUCCGGCGGACAGCAGGUCAUCACCAGAGCGGAGAAGCCCUGUAGCAGCUGUGCAAAGUCAUCUUGCAAGCAACCGAGAUCGCUCACGCCCAGGUUUGUCUCAGCGUGUUACGUCACCUGGCAACAACACGUCUCUUCCAAGGACUGGCUCGCUUGAUACUCUGUGUGUUAGCGGUGGGCGCUGUUCGAGUCCAGCGGUGCAACUGGUCACGCCCCGUGUUGUCAACAAAUCGACUCAGACAUCUCCCGAAGAUUUGGUAGAGAUGCCACAGUUACACAAGAGGUCAAACUCAUUGGGCAGUGCCGACUACAGAGAGAAACUUCGACAAAACUGCCAACGAGAGAGACACAGCACGAUAACGCCUGUUCAAGGAAAUCACCAGUCAUUGCAGUUGCCACCAUUAUCAAGACAGUCGCCGAUCAUUAGUGUGCCCAUGCAGUACUUGGGGAAGAACAUGAGAUGUAGCCUUGAGGGAUUGAACAAGGAAGUAGAGAACUUGGUGUCGAGCUUUAACGACAUGAAAAACAGACCGCUGACACCUGACGGUCGGAAGCCUCCUGUUAUGCCAAUCCUACGAAGGCAACAUAGUGUAGACGUGGAAACUCAGACCCGAUUACAAGAUCUCUCACUGGACGCCGGAAGCGAUUUCGAUUAUGGAAUCUCAAUGGGCAUUUCGCCUGUAACACUCACCAUCCAACAGUCAUCCGUGUCGUCGCCACUCUCAUUGGGUCGGUCAGAAUCUGUUGGAAACGAGUCGCCGGAGCAGUCAGUGUCGUACGGCAAACUUCCGCCGGCAUCUCCAAAGUGUUCGUUUGCGAGAGAUCCCCCGAUUGGAUUGGAGCGAGUCGUCAUGAUACAGGAAUUUCGGAGAGCAACGACCACGACCUGUUUCGUGGAAGAAGGCCCGGAUCCUUCUAAGGUCGGUUUCGUAUUGAAGAGUGACGACAGCACACCGUUUUUACGCAUUCCGGCCAAACGGCCUAUUGGUCCAGUCGUAAAGGGGCCGCUUACAAAUAAGAGUGUCAGUCCGCAAGCCACCGCUGUCAGCCAAUAAGUUCACAGUCGACGUCAUCGGGUUUCUAUUAGAGUUACUAUAUAUGAUAUCCAAUAUGUAUGACUAUAGUAUAUUACUGCAACUUCACUGUUGGAGGGCAGGGCAUCUUACUUGCAGUUCGAGUUGUGUAUUCAUAUUUCAUUCUAAUGUUUAUUCAUACAGAGUAUAGCUGAUAGCAUUGUACAUGCUAUAUUUUGGGUAAGACCUACAAGUAACUCAACAGACAAUAUUACAACAAAUGCUAAGCAAUAUGAAGCAGUGAAAUCAAUCAGA